AUUUUUUGUUGGCAGAGAGUAAGUCAUACAUUCUUGUAUCUCAUCGUACGUACCAAUUUUCCAUCUGCAGUCAUUCUCAUCUGGCGUCUUUACGCUUUAUAUAACCGAUCCAAGUUCAUACUAUAUUUGCUGGUUGGGAUGUUCCUCCUUAUCGCCGCGCUCUCGAUAGGGAUCGACAUAUACUUAUAUAGUCGACCCAAAGCAUUCUCUGUGAAACAAAUAGUAACUCCGAAUGUCAAUUACUGCACAGCUUCCUUCAACAUAGGGCCUAUGCCUGCGAUCUAUGCUUCCAUCCCGGUCGUAUGCUUCGAUAUAUUCCUGGUUGUUCUCGCCGUUCUCAACCUUGUGAGACACCUUAGAGAACGAAGAGGGAUACAAGUGGAGCCUAACACAUAUGUAAUUCUGAUCGUUCGAUGUCACAUCAUAUACUUCUUCCUGAAUUUGACAAACCAAGUCUUAAUGGUGGUGUUAUGGGCCAACAUUCCGCCGGCAGUGAUGAGCCUCUCGGAGGGGUUCAUCAAUAGCGCACCAUUUAUUAUUGCACCCCGUCUGAUUAUCAGCAUUUGGGACACACAUGCCAGUGAAGAGUGUACAUAUAACAGUACAGUGUUCGAAGAUUGCAUGUGUUGGACAUGGCCCACGACACACGAGCAGCACGAAAUGGACUACGCAUGAUUCUGGCCAGAGUGAAGGAAAACAUAUGGGGUGAAGUAGUAGAGGGCCGAUGUUUGUAUCUAUGCAUAUAUGUACUGCUUCAGUGGGUGUACUGUGUAUUUACGGAUGUUCAAUGUUCAGUGACAUUAUGCUGCCUUCGAUAGCAACAGACACC